AUGCAUGCUUGGAUUGUCAUGCUGUACCAAGCCUACUGCAAGUGUGUACCAGCGGAUAGUCGCGACCUCGCGCUGAGGCUGGCGGACUCCUACCCGUGCUCUCGUUCAGCUGCCUCGACUUCUCCCAGGGGGCGGUCGCGUUACGGCGGCGCCGCUGCUCUUUCGCGGACCGUACCGUGCGGGUCAGCGCCCCAGGCGCGCGCGCCCGGGAGUCAGCAUGGCGCGCGCGAGCGUCGUCUAAACAGCGUUGCCUGGGUGGCGCUCGCGUGUCACCAGUCGUGCGACGCCGCACUGCCUGCGUACGUUCGACGCGGUGCUUCCACCUUGUUGACGGGACAACGGGAACAUCCGAGCUCGGUGUGUAAGGACGCGUGGCGGCGGGGGACCCCCCGCUUCGUCGCGCUGCGCAUGUUUGGCGACCGGUGCGCGAGGGUCUGGACGACCUGGUGGCAGGCCUGCAUCAUGUUCAGGUCGAAGGACCCUGGAGAUGCGGUCCCCCUGCUGGAGGGAUGGGGACAGCCACGUGAUCGUCUGACGUAUGCCAACCUGGCAGAGAAACCUGCCUGGGACACGCACUACAAACGUUCACCCACAUCCUUCGAUUGGCUUCUCUCCUACGACCAGAUGGAGUUGGCAUUGGCGCCAUUCCUCCAGGGAAAAGUUGGCCAACAGGUGCUGGAUAUCGGCAGCGGAACGUCGGACCUCGCGCUGAGGCUGGCGACUCACUACCCGUGCUUCGUUCACUGCCUCGACUUCUCCCAGGGGGCGCUAGCGGCGGCCGCGCGGACGUACCGGGUAGCGGCGGCGGGCGGAGCGUCGUCUAACAGCGUUGCCGGCGCGCUCACGUUCACCGCGGCCGACGCCGCACGCCUGCCGUACGUCGACGGGUGCUUCCACCUUGUGACGGACAAGGGAACGUCCGACUCGGUGCUGAAGGACGCGGGCGGCGGCCGCGCGCUCGCGCUGCGCAUGUUUGGCGAGUGCGCGAGGGUGCUGACGCCUGGUGGCAGCCUGCUCAUGUUCACGGACGAAGACCCGGAGAUGCGGCUCCCCCUGCUGGAGGAUUUUGCGAAGACGACUCGCGGCGGUGGCGCCAGCGUUCGUUUCUCGCUGCUGGGCGAGCGUAACGGACUAGAGUACUUCAUGUACGAGCUGAGGAAAAGCUGACGUGUAACCCCCCGCCCCCCGUGUGACACGCUCGCUGUUACUGUUAAUUAGAGACACUAAAAUGAGUGAGUUAUUUAUUAUACAAGACUAAAUGUUAAUGUAGUGUUAUACUUGCUA